GUAACCUCAACUACAUUUCCCUACUGUCGCAUUUUCAUCCCGGCAGUUGUAAUGGAAAACACAUUCGAAAUGAACACAAUAUAGACUGCAAUAGCUUUCCAAAUUCAAAGUGACCCAAAAUGUUGGCUCUGGCCAGGAAUUCGUGGUGUGGCCAACUGCUGAGUCGCCUGGCGAACAUCGAAGCCCGCUGCCCGUACUCGAAGACAUCCGCCGGCGGAAAGCAGGGCGAGAAGAAGGGCAAGUACAGGAUCGUGAUGGUGCGGCAUGGGGAGUCCGAGUGGAACCAGAAGAACCUAUUCUGCGGAUGGUUCGAUGCCAAGCUGUCGGAGAAGGGCCAGCAGGAGGCCUGUGCCGCCGGCAAAGCCCUCAAGGAUGCCAAUAUUGAGUUCGAUGUGGCCCACACCUCGGUGCUGACCAGAGCCCAAGAGACACUCAGGGUUGCCCUGAAGUCCAGCGAGCACAAGAAGAUCCCAGUGUGCACCACGUGGCGCCUCAACGAGCGCCACUACGGCGGACUGACGGGACUGAACAAGGCCGAGACCGCCAAGAAGUUCGGCGAGGAGAAAGUGAAGAUCUGGCGCCGCAGCUUUGACACCCCACCGCCGCCCAUGGAGAAGGAUCACGAGUACUACGCCUGCAUUGUUGAGGAUCCGCGCUACAAGGACCAACUGAAGCCGGAGGAGUUCCCCAAAUCCGAGUCCCUCAAGCUCACCAUCGAGCGCACAUUGCCCUACUGGAAUGAGGUCAUAGUGCCCCAAAUCAAGGAUGGAAUGCGUGUCCUGAUUGCCGCCCACGGCAACAGCCUGCGGGGCGUGGUAAAGCACUUGGAGUGCAUCUCUGACAAGGACAUAAUGAGCCUCAACCUGCCCACGGGCAUUCCCUUCGUCUACGAACUGGACGAGAGCAUCAAGCCCUUGGCCACGUUGAAGUUUCUCGGCGAUCCGGAGACGGUCAAGAAGGCAAUGGAGUCGGUGGCCAACCAGGGAAAAGCCAAGUGAUCCGAGAUUUCAGAUUUCGGGAAUGUCCAGGCAAUCUCCGAAGAGGUCAGAGCAAUCAGCUCAAUGCACUUGCAUGCCAAACAAAAACGGCGAAUCGAAACUGCUCACUGUGGCCAGGCGAAUGUCAAGCAGCAAAUAAAUUUAUUUGAUUUUAA